AUGUGGCAAGCUUUACCCAGAGUUACAGUGAAAGUGCCAUACAGCCCUGUGUUCAUUGGAGAGACAGUCGAUCUGACGUGUGAGAUAGAGGAUCAGUACAGAUCAUUAAACUGGAGAUAUCUGUGGUAUAAAGGCACAACUGGGACUUCAGUGUUUAAGGGAAACAUCUACACCAUCAGAUCACCAUCAGAUCAGGAUGAGUUCUGGUGUAGAGGAGAGAGAGAUGGACGACCCUCAUCCUCACAGGACAGUAAUCAUGUGACUCUCUCUGUUAAAGCUUUGCCCAAAGCUACAGUGAGAGUAACACCAAACAGUCCUGUGUUCAUUGGAGAGACAGUCACUCUGAAGUGUGAGAUAGAUCAGUUCAGAUCAUUAAACUGGAGAUAUCAGUGGAAUAAAAACACAACUGCAGUGUUAAACUUUGAGAAUUACACUGUAUACGGGGACUCUCUCAAUAUCACUGGAGUUACUGAAUCUGAUCAGGAUGAGUUCAGCUGUAGAGCAGAGAUAAACGGACGACCACAGACUUCACUAUCAAGCUCUGAGUUUCAUCUCGCUGUAAAUGAAAGACCAACACCUGAAUUGUCUGUUUGGCCUCCUGGACAUUUAUACAGAGGAGAAACUGUCAAUCUCACAUGUGUCAUCAAUAGAGGAGGAGUCAGCAGCUGGCAGUACAGCUGGUAUAAAGAUGAUUCAGACAUUCAGCAUAAUGAAGAGAUUUACACAAUCAUAUCUUUUAAUGAGUCUCACGCAGGUAAAUACACCUGUAGAGGAAAUGAGACCAGUGGAUCAAGAUACUCACACAUCAGUAAUGCAGUUACACUGACAGUAUCAGGAUCUUCUGGUCUGAUAGUUGGAGUGGUUGUCGGACUGAGCAUCUUGUUUUUGAUCAUUUUCUUGGUUUUUCUGUGGUGGUACAAAAACAAAAAAGGUAAAGUCUCUCGGUCUCCCUCAGCUGUCAGUCCACAGCAGAUCAUCAGUCAGACAUCAGAUCAGAAACAAAGUGAAGAUGGAUACACUCCACUGCAGUCUGGAGAUGCUAAUAUUUAUGACUCUGUUGAUGCAACAGACAAUAAAGACGCAAGCUCAGUGACUCAGGCCGGCCCCAGUGAUGCCAUGUAUUCACAGGUCAACUUCAAGAAAAAUAAACUCAAGAGCAAAGACAAUGAAAGUGAAUCAGCUGAUCUCACCUAUGCUGAUAUUGAACUGAAACCUAAGAAAAAAAUGAAGAAAAAGAAAGAGAAGAAAGGGAGUAGCAGUGAAGGUGGUGACACUGUUUACUCUAAAGUGAAGAUUGGAGAUAAAGGUGUUGCUUCUGGAUCUGUUGAUGUGACUUAUGCUCAGAUUAAAUAAAAGCCCAAAGGAGAAAAGGAUGGCAAUCCAUUAACUAAUGCUUAAUAUUAUCAAUCCAAACCUUCAUGUGCUUCAGAGUAAAGGCUUGCAAAUGUUUAAUUCUCUAAUAGCAUUUUUUUCUAUUAACGUUUCAUUUGUUCAUGUAGACCUGAUGAUUAAUUGUUCAACAGGUGAUACGAUAGCUAGUUAGUUACUGUAAUGAAGUGUUAUAUAAUAAUUUUGGCCUUUGCCAGUUACAGUAUCAAUCACCUAAACCCGUAGAGUGAAAAACAUGUUGAUCUGAAUAGUUUUAAGAUAAACAUUACUUUAAAUAUGUUAAGUUGCUCAUUUAUAUUUAGUUACUGUUGUAGGAAUAAUGUAAUAAUUUAAUUUAGUUUAGACAGAGAUGUGGAUGUAAGAUAGUAAAAAUGGUCAGUGUGGUACUAGCAAACCAUUACAUUUUCAUUGCUAUAAUAAGAAUGGCAAAGGUUUUGAAUUAUGUGUUUGUAGAAUUCAUAUGAGAUAUCAUAAAAUAUCCGUUUCAUUUAUUCUCAUAUAACAAUAGGUUACCCUACUGGACCCUACUGGUACUGACAUAACUGUAGACUAAUUCUUAAUUCUUAUUGAAUAAUAUUAAAUUUUUCAACAGCCCAAAAUCCUAAGUUUAGUCACGCUCUGUAGUGUACAGUAAGAUAUAUUACAAAUAGUUAUUUUAUUUUAUUAUAGGUUGUGUAAAUAAAUCUGUUUUUUACUUAUGCAAAAAUGCUAGAAAAUAUGCAUUGCGAUGCAAAUGCUAAGUUUUAUCCAAUGCACAGUUUUUAAACUGAUGCAUCAAAUUGUUAACCUUUUAUGCCGAUGCACAGAAGGAAUUAGGGAAUCAUUCCAUCCCUAGUGUUUAUAUUAAAACUAAAACAAAUGUUUGUCUUUAUAACGUCUUGUCACGUUUCAUGCAGUUUAUUGAUUUGGCUUGCUUGAUUUUUUGUUUGACAGCUUCAGAAAAGGUCACAUGAUUUUCGGUAAGAGAAUAUGGUACCAUCAAUGCUCACUGGUUUUUGCAUUGCAUUGUGGUAAUUUUUUAGGGAACGAAUGUUCCAGUGCACUGGAAGGAUUUUGCUAUUGAGACUUGACCACCUGCUGGUCUCACUAACACCUCUACCAGCAGCACGUUUACCCAAAAACUAGUGCUG